AAUUAGAUUCAUAUUUUCUUUAUUAUUUCAUUCACAAAUCCAGACGGCGUUAAAAGGAGGAAUCAUCUUUGAAGGAGAAAAGAGAGAGAAAGAUUUUAAAGAAACCUAACCUCACGUUGCCUAUGGUUCUAGUGAAACAUGGAACUCAUUCAAUGGUAAAAGGCAUGUUGACAGUCGAAGGAAUUAAUAAAUGUAAAUAAGUUUAGAAAGUCAAAAAAAAUGGAUUACCACGAAAUAUUAUCUAUAUUAAUUUCUAGUGAUGAUAAUCAUGAUAAGAAUUUUGAAGACAAACUGACACGAAUACUACACGAAGUAAGGCCACUUUUACCAGAAAAUAUGAAACAAUCUAUUAGAGACUUUUCUAUUAGAGAUCAAUAUAUUCAUACAAUAAUUUACAUAUUGCUUCGUAUUAAACAAGAUAAUGAGAAAGCAAACAUAGAUGCACCCUUCAGUGUAAAACAAUAUCGUUCUAUGAAAAUCGCCGUAGAACUAAUAAUAUCAAUCGGAAUUGUACCUUUCUUAUUACCUGGUGUUGGUGUAAAUAUGGCUAAAUUAUGUCCCAGAGCUUCAAACAUUCAAGAAGAAAAUUUAGGCUGCCUAGAGAAAUAUAAACGAUUAUGUUUUUCAACUCACUCACUUCUUGAACUUUUCGACGAUCUCAACUUGCGACCAGCUGUGCUUUCUCAAAUUGGCCCCUUAAUGGCUAGUUUAUUACAAUUGUCACAUGCUCCAUUGGCUAAACCAUCCAGCAAAAUUGAAUCCACAAAUGUAAAUAAGCAAGAAUUUCAUAUGACAAUAGAAGAAUAUCAAAAGUUGCAGAAUCGUCAAAAAGUGUUUCACACUAAAUUAAUUUCAUUAUUAAACAACUGUCCACACUAUGUGUGUUUUCGAGAGUUGAUGGUAAUUCUUGGAAUGCAAAAUGCACCAAGGUGGCUACGUAAAGAAACUCAGAAUUAUCUAAUUAAGAUACUUAUACAACCAAAUGGAGUAUUAUCGUUAAUCACUGCAAUUUAUGAAGAUGGCUUAGACUUGGGAGCAGAUUGGAAGAAAUUAGAUACAAUUUCCAGAUUAAUAACAAUGUCGCAUGGAAAGAAUAUUGGUGAAUAUUAUGAAGCAAUAUGUCCACAGAUUUUAGAUCUGCUUUCCUCAGAUAAAAUCAAGUACAGUUCAACAAUAGCAAAUUGCUGUAUUAAAGCUCUAUAUGAUUACAAUCCAGAUGUUUGUCAGAAAUAUAUUGUAAAAAUCAUUUGUCUACCUUUAAUAACGAAGGAAUCGCACACGGCCUCUGAAAAGGAGAUAGAACAAUGUAUAGAAAGAUUAGCAAAAUGUUUUCUGACAGAAGACGCCAAGUUCAAACAUCUACCUUGCAAAGUUAUCUCGCACGUUGCCAUUCCUCUUUUUUGCUUGUACGACAAAGUCCGCGAAAGCGCAUGCACACUAAAAACAAAUUUACGACGACUAUUAUUAAAAAUACUCGAAGAAGAGACAAUGCGAGAAAAACUAUUUUCAGCUUUUUUAGGACAUGAUACAUCAACAAGAUUUGGAGAUUAUGUGAUAUUAGAAUUUGGGUCAACCGGUGGUGUUGAAAUUACUGGCUUAAAUGAACAUUUAGACUAUGAAGAAUUAGCUGAUACCAUUUUCGAUUUAAUAUCCACCACUAAGGAUUUGUCUCCCAGCUUAUUUUGUUACAUGUUAAAGUUUCUAUCAAAUGUAAACAAAUUGAGUGAUGAAGUGGAACAAAAGAAAAUGCUGGAAACAGAAGACGAUAAAAUAGAACGCAUCGCAAUACAAUUAACAGCUCAUAAACUUCUAUCGCAAUUAGCUAGUACAAGUACCGUUCAGGAGGCACAAAUAAAAAAUCCUAAACCAUUGUUGUCGUUUAUAAAGUCAUUGUUCGACGGAUAUAUGAAAAGUCAUCUGGAUAAAACUGAAGAGACUGAAUGCGAGAUGCUAUAUAUUAGCUUGAUGCUAAUAAAAAUGAUUCUAAUGGAAAAAACUACUGUACUCGAGAUUGGUCUCUUCAAAGAUUUCAGCAUAUUUUUAGAAGAUCAUCGCAAGAAUUUGAACAUACCAAUACAACUUAAAUCGUUGAUCGACGAAGUGCUUGCCUGCAUUCUGACAUAUGAUUCCAAUGAAAAAUCUCAAGCUGAAUCCGAGAAAAAAUAUUACCAAGAUUUAUCUAUAAGUUCGACCACAUCGAAAAUAUUUGAUGAAGCUUUGAGAGAUCUCGCGGAUCCGUUACUUCCUGUUCGGGCCCAUGGUCUCAUAACACUCACGAGAUUGAUCGAGAAUAAAGAUCCUUUUGCUGUUGCACGGAAAGCGAUUAUUUUGCGUUUAUUCCAGGAGAAUUUGAAACACGAGGACUCGUUUAUAUAUCUUGCAUCUAUCAAUGGAUUAUGCGCAUUGGCAACUGCAUUCCCGAAAGAAGUCAUAGAAACGCUGAUGCCUGAAUAUAUUGAUAUGCCGAAUCGUGCAGAAAUAACUAUUGAAACUAGGAUAAAACUCGGGGAAAUAUUAGUUAAAACAACGAGAGCCUUGGGUGAAAUGAGCGUGGUUCACAAAAACACAUUGAUUAACGGUUUUUUGUGCGCGACUCGUGACGCGGAUCCUCUGGUACGAGCCUCCAGUCUCUCUUGCUUAGGAGAACUUUGCAAAGUACUGAACUUCCGUCUAGGAAACAUUCUCAUUGAAAUCCUCUACUGCAUCGGAUGCAUAAUAAAAUCAGACAAAAUGCCCGAAUGUCGACGCGCCGCCGUAUUGGUUGCCACGCUUUUGUUUCGUGGCCUUGGUCGAGACACGUUGAACAGUCUCGGUAGCGAUUUAAUCGAUCUGUAUCGCGGAUUAAAGCAUCUGCGCGACAAUGACAAUGAUCCCGUGUUACAACUUCACGCUCAGUUGGCUCUGGAGGAGAUCGAUCAUAUCGUGCGGGAUUCUCUAUUUACACCACUUAAAUUCGAAAAAAGAAUAUCCUUGUUGAAUUAACUAUCCUUUUCGACACAAUAAAAUAUAAUUUUAUAGUUUCUGCUACUUUUACAUGUGCAAUAAAUUUCUAACUAAUAUAAU